UUCUUUCAUCUCAAAAAAAGUCUAACACAUUACACAUCUCUCUACUAUUCAAAAAUGGGAAAUGCAGCAAUCACUCUAUGUUUUAACCACUCCACAAACUCGUCGUCGUGUUCGUCUUCGUCGUCGGUAAAACUUAUUUUCUGGGAAGGAACAUCAAGAACGUUGAAAGGAAAACAUAUAGCCGGUGAAAUAAUGUUCGAAUUCCCCGAAAUGAUGGUUUGUCAUGGAGAUUCAUUCUUCAUAGGCCAUCCAAUUCCAGUUCUAUCAAUAGACGAUGAACUCAUGCUAGGUCAAACCUACUUUGUUCUACCAAUAGAUCGGUUUUUUGCUAUUAACACCCUCUCCGUUGCUUCGAUCUCAGCCUUUGGAUCUUGCCCUAAUAAAUCUCCUAUCAAAUUUGGAAAGUGUCCUUUUCAGUACUUGAAAGGAUCUGAUGGAAGGGUUGUGAUUAAGGUUAUGCCUGAGUUUAUCACUGGUCUUAUAUGUGGUGAUAAUGAUAAAGAGAUGAAUGAGAAUGGCAACGGUUUUCUUUGUAGUACUCCGGAGUUGAAGAAACAUUAUGAACAACUUGUGAAGUCUAAGGAUCAGGUUUGGUCUCCUAAGCUUGAAACUAUUACAGAAUAUAAGGUUAGGUUUUCACCAUGUAGGUUUAUAGAAUGGAAAGAGAAAGAAAAGCCAUUGGAAUUGUAUUAGGGUUUUAUGAUAUCAUUCAUGUAAUUUUUACAUUUAGUAAUUGUUAAUUAUAUGUAGUUGAGAUGUAUACUGAGAUUAUUUCUAUA